AUGACAUUAGUUUUACGAUAUGUUAACAAAAACAGAGAGUUGAUAGAAAGCUUUUUGGGUAUUGUUCAUGUGGGUGAUACAUCCGCAAUAUCAUUGCAAAAAAUAAUUUACUCUUUACUUUUGGAUCACUCGUUAUACCUAUCAAGACUCCGUGGACAAGGUUAUGAUGGAGCUAGAAAUAUGCAAGGAGAAAAAAAUGGCUUAAAGUCUUUGAUUUUGCAAGAUGUUCCGUUUGCAUAUUAUAUUCAUUGCUUUCCUCACCAAUUGCAAUUGACACUUGUAGCUCUCUCUAAAAAAUAUUCGGAUGUGAAAAUUUUCUUUUAUGUUGUCACUAAUGUUUUGAAUACUAUUGGGACAUCUUUUAAACGCAGGGACUUACUUCGACAACACCAAGUUGAGAAGUUGGAAGAAUUGCUUAAAUUUGGAGAAAUUCUUACCAGACAAGGAUUAAAUCAAGAACGUGGCCUCCAACGACCGGGUGAUACUUGUUGGGGAUCCCAUUUCAAGACCUUGGAAAAUUUCAUGAUUAUAUAUUCUUCAGUUGCUAAUGUGCUUAAAGAUAUGAAAGAAAAUUCUCCACAUGAUCUUGCUAAACUUGUAGCAUGUAACCUUUUAGAUAAAAUUCAAAAAUUUGAAUUCAUCUUUGUGUUGCAUUUGAUGUUCAAGAUGUUGCUUGUUACAAAUGAAUUGAGCAAAACUUUACAAAAGAAAGAUCAAGAUAUUGUCAAUGUUAUGAGAUUGCUUAAUAUUUCAAAAAGAAGAUUACAAACAAUGAGAGAGAGUGGUUUGGAGUCUUUGAUGGAUGGGGUUUCUUCAUUUUGUGCUAAACAUGAUAUUUUGGUUCCCGUAAUGAGUGAAGACUAUCCAAGAUCGAAGCGUAAGAAGUCCAAAAUUUCAUAUUUACAUCACUUUCGUGUGGAAGUGUUUUAUGCAGUUAUUGAUUUACAACUUCAAGAGCUCAAUAAUCGUUUUGAUGUUGUGACUAAUGACUUACUCCUUGGUAUGGCUAGUUUGAAUCUGGUUGAUUCAUUUGCUAAUUUUAGUAAAAGCAGAAUAGUGAAGUCGGCUGAAUAUUAUAAAAGCGACUUUGGUGAUAAUGAACUUUGA